AGAAAUGCUGUAGACUAUAGUGUAAUGUUGAUUUAUACUGUAAAAUAAAAUUCUGUAAUUUAUAAUUUAUAAUUUCAAUUAUAUGAUAAAAGUUAUAAUGAUUAUUAAUGAUAAAUAACUAUUACAUUGAUUUUAUAUAAUAUAUAACUAUUUUUAGUUUGUUUGUUGAAUUUUAGUUGAUUUAUAACAACAAAAAUAUUCUAUUAUAUGUAAAUGUAAAAAGACAAAUUGUCUUCUCUUCUUUUCUUUUUAAUCUGCAUUUAAUAAAUAAAAAAUACAAUGUCUUAUAUGUUGUCACAUCUUCAUAAUGGAUGGCAAGUAGAUCAGGCGAUUUUAUCAGAAGAAGAUAGAGUAGUUGUUAUCAGAUUUGGUCAUGAUUGGGAUCCAAUGUGUAUGAAAAUGGAUGAAGUACUUUAUAAUAUUGCUGAAAAAGUAAAAAAUUUUGCUGUCAUCUAUUUGGUUGAUAUUACACAAGUACCUGAUUUUAAUAAAAUGUAUGAAUUAUAUGAUCCUUGUACAGUAAUGUUUUUCUUUCGAAAUAAACAUAUAAUGAUUGAUUUAGGAACUGGAAAUAAUAAUAAAAUAAAUUGGACAUUAGAAGAUAAACAAGAAAUGAUUGAUAUUAUUGAAACAGUUUAUAGAGGUGCUAGAAAAGGUAGAGGUUUAGUUGUUUCACCCAAAGAUUAUUCUACAAAAUACCGCUAUUAAUUAUAUAUUAAUAAGUCCUAAUAAAAAUAUUAUUAUUAUUAAGCUUGAAGUUAUAUGAAUAAAUAAAAAUAUAUUAUAAUUAAAAACAAAUAUAAAAUUAUGUAUUAUGAUAUAUAUUUAUGCAAUUCAAAAUAAAUUGCACAUUAUUAAAAAAUAUUAGUUAUAUUUCUAUAUUUUUUAUUUUAUAUUAUUUUAUAUAAUAUAUAUAAAUUUUUAUAAAUUAAAUACUUUAUUUUGUAUGCAAAAAAAAAUAAUAGUUCAGUAAAUAAAUUAUUACAU